AUGGCUUCGAGGAAGAAGGUGCUAUUGAAAGUCAUUAUCCUGGGCGAUAGCGGGGUGGGUAAGACCAGUUUAAUGAACCAAUAUGUGAACAAGAAAUUCUCUACAUCCUACAAAGCCACAAUUGGCGCCGAUUUUCUCACGAAGGAAGUUACCGUUGACGAUCGAAUCGUGACACUCCAGCUCUGGGAUACAGCCGGCCAAGAGCGUUUCCAAUCCCUGGGAGUCGCCUUCUACCGAGGUGCCGACUGCUGCGUCCUGGUGUACGACGUCAACUCCACCAAGUCAUUUGAGACCCUCGAUUCAUGGCGUGAUGAGUUCCUUAUCCAAGCCAGCCCGCGCGACCCGGAUAGCUUCCCCUUCGUCGUGCUCGGAAACAAGAUUGACAUGGGCGAAGACAGGAGAAUGAUCACACAGAAAAGGGCACUUGCUUACUGUCAAAGUCGAGGACAGAUGCCGUAUUUCGAGACCAGUGCAAAGGAGAGUAUCAAUGUCGAGCAGGCAUUUGAAGUCAUCGCGAGGAAUGCACUGGCCCAAGAGGAGAGUGAGGAAUACGGUGGUGACUUCUCAGAUCCUAUCAAUAUCAAUCUGGAUCAGGAGAGAGAUGGUUGUGCUUGCUAA